AUGGCUGCAAAUACCCCACCCAAUAUAUCAGCUAGAAUAUUUUAUGGGCUAAGAACAGACAUUCAAUACAAUGCCCAUUAUAUGACAGAUUCCGAAAUUAUAUACCCAGCUGGUGGUGUCAUUGUAAUACACAAUCAUAUUCAAAAGAAGCAAAAAUUUAUCCGCCUUCAAGAUAAACACAAACCAAUUAAAUCGCUAGUAUUAGCACCGAACAGACGUUGGCUAGCUUUGAAUGAAAUCGCGGAGGAAGGGCAGAAGCCAACAAUCACUAUUUAUGAUCUCACAACAUUCAAGAGGCGUAAAAUUUUAACUGUGCCCUUCGAAAAUUCCACUGCUCGAGAUUUUGCUUGCAUUCAGUUUACGUAUGAUUCAAAAUAUCUGGUGGCCAUAACUGGAGAACCUGAUUGGUAUUUGUAUUAUUAUAACUGGGACAAAGGAAAAGUGGAGAGCCAUGCAAAAGCUCAAAAUCCCAGUGGCCAAGGGACUGUAGAAAGUGUACAAUGUAAUCCUACAGAUGCAACUCUCGUAGUUAUAACAGGGCCAUAUACUUUUCGAAUAAUGAACGUUUCUGAAACAGUAUGGCGUCAAUGGGGUUGGUGUAAGGCUGAAAAUAUUAACAUAACCAGUUGUAUGUGGCUAACACCUGAUCGUAUUAUGUUUGGGACGUAUAAUGGAGUGAUUAUGGUAGUGGAAAAUGGAGAUCUGCGACAAAAUUGUAUAUUUCGAGCCGCUGAUGUCAUGGAGAUGUCCCUUAAAAAAGUUGACGUUGAAGGUGAAGGUGAAAAAACUAGCACUGCUAGUGGAGAUGUGGCCAGCAGUGAACAGGGAAUUCUUGAUUCAGAAGAUUACCCAGUCACAUGUUUGAUUAAUUUUGCCAAAGGUUUUGCGUACGCUUGUGGACAAGGCUAUGUUCAUAUGUUUGAGAAAGAAACGCCACAUCAUUGGCGUAAAAGGAAUUUGUUUAGAAUUUCUAAAAAGUCUUACAAACAUACCCGAGAACACCCGAUGUGGUCGCCGUUAGAUGCCAUUCAACAUAUUACUAUAGAUCCGAACCAAGAAGUACUUCUUAUCACAACCCUUAGAAAACAAUUUUAUUAUGUUAAGUUGUUUGGACAACAUAUGCUUCAAAAUCCAGAAAUAGCAUUUACGGAACUCGGACCAGCUAUGCACUACGGCCGAAUAAAUUCGCUAUCGAUGUGCGCUUGGAAACCAAUAUUUAUGACGUCCGGCGAACAAGAUAAAAGCAUUAGGAUUUGGAACUAUAUGACUGAUGAUGUAGAGUUGAUUAAACUAUAUCAAGAAGAGAUACAUUGUGUUUCUCUACAUCCUACGGGACUUUUCGCGAUCGUAGGGUUUUCAGAUAAGCUACGAUUUAUGGUGGUGCUUAUUGAUGAUUUUGAAGUAAUGCGAGAGUUCCCAAUUCGUAAUUGUAAACGUGCACAAUUUAGUACCAACGGGCAUCUCUUCGCUGCCGUCAACGGUCAAGUUAUUCAAGUUUUUUCAUCGGUUUCCUUUCAGAAUGUUUUCAAUUUGAAAGGACAUAAUGGAAAAAUUACUGGCUUAGCGUGGUCAGCAAAUGAUUUAACAUUGGUGUCGUGUGGAACAGAAGGCGCUGUAUAUGAAUGGAACAUGUCUUCAGGCCAAAGAGUUGGUGAAGUCAUACUUAAAACAAAUCAAUUUAAGGCGUGUGCUGUCAAUAGUAAUGGUAAAACAACGUACGGUGUUGGAAGUGACGGCGAAAUUAAAGAAGUUGGCUCCAAUACAAUUCGAAGAAACCUAGGUUUGAUUGGAUGCGCUCUAGAUACCAUCGUGCUGUCACGCUCAGACUUAAUGCUAUUUAUAACUGGUGGCGAAGGAGGUGUAACUGGUGUUCAACUGCCUUUAUUAGACAAAGCUAUUUUUAAUGAAUUUCAUAUGCAUAAUAUAAAAGUUACCGGUAUUGCAUUAUCAUACGAUGAUCAAACUUUAGUAUCAGUCGCGGAAGAUUCUUCAAUCUGUCUGUGGAGAUUGACCAACGCUGAUGGUAGAGCUAUAGCGCUCGAUAAAGAUUUUGCUUACUCUAAAGAGAUUUUAAUAAGCAAAAAAGAUUUACAAGAGAAAAUUAAUAAUAUAAAUCUACUCAGCACAAGAAUGAGUGAACUAGAAACAGAACACACCUAUCAACUUCGUCAAGCUGAGGCUGCACAAGCUGAAAAGUUAAAAGAAGUUCACGAGGGAUAUUGCGCUGCUAUUGAAGAACUUAAAGAGAAAAAUGAGCAAAUGGAAAAUGAACACACACACGAAAUUGGAAUGAUACAACAAGAUAUUGCAAAGUUGAAGUCGGGUCACGAAAGAACUCUUCAAGCUCUGGAAGCUGAUUUUAAUAUUAGACUAAUAAGUGAAUAUGAUAGGUAUCAAAGCUUAGAAGAUAAAACAGCUCGAAUGAGAAAAGAUUAUGAACAGCGUUUGGAAGAUUUAGCUGAAAACAAACGUCUAGCUCUAAGGCAACUGAAUGAUAUGUUUGAAGCAAAACUUGAGGAAAAGGAUCUCAUGUUACAAGAAUUGCAAGAACAAGCGGAUAUGGAGAAACGAGAGCAUGAAUCGAUAAAGGCAUCUAUAGAAGAAGACGCAGAUCGAGAAAUUAUUGAAAUAAGAACAGCGUAUGAGGUCCAAUUGAAAGAAGAAAAAGAUGCCAAUGUACGUUUGAAAGGAGAAACAGGACUAAUGAAAAAGAAGUUGAUAUCUGCCAAUAAAGACAUUGAUGAAUUUAAGCAUCAAGUGUCACAGUUGAAGGCUGAACAUAAACAAUUUCAAAAAGUUAUAUCAACUCUUGAACGUGAUGUCGCUGAUUUGAAGAAAGAAAUAACCGAGAGAGAUGGCACUAUUCAAGAUAAAGAGAAAAGAAUAUAUGAGCUAAAACGAAAAAAACAGGAACUUGAAAAAUACAAAUUUGUAUUGAAUUUCAAGAUAACAGAGCUAAAAAAUCAGAUUGAGCCUAAAGAAAGGACAAUACGAGAAUUAAAAGUUCAGAUAGAUGACAUGGAGAACGAAGAGUUAAAGUUAUUGAACACAAAACAUGAUCUCGAACUCAAGAUCACUCAAUUAAAUGAAAAGUUGUCGUCGGCAAAAAAGGAUUUUACAAAUGAAGCUAAUCGAAACAUAACGCUGAAAAAUACUCUAAAGAAAAUAAAGAUUGACCUUCACAAUAUGACGGCUAAUUUCCAAGAUCCAACUCAACUAAAGCUAAGUGUAAAGGCUCUUUUCCAAAAAUACGUGGAGGAUAUAGAUUUUGUGCGUAGCCGCAUCGCAGAGGACGAAGCCAUACGGGAGUUUAAUCGACAACGAGAUCAUCUUGAGAAACAAGUAGCUGCGCUUAAAAUGCAGUUAUCGAAGUCGUUAGAUGGUUCCAAGAGUGACAUCAGAAAGAUCAUGGACGAGAAUUGCACUUUACUAUCGGAAAUUAACAAUUUGCGUACUGAACUGAAGUCUACUCGUACGAGGUGCUUCCAAAUGGAGUCGAUCCUCGGACUGUCCGCGCGAUACGUGCCGCCGACGACUGCGCGCGCUAAACUUAAACACGUAACAGAGGACCGCGAGCUACUGGAUGAAAAGUAUAAACAAAAAAUUGAGGAAAGAGAAGAAAUUUUUGUAGCCCUUAAAGAAGAAAAUGAACGCUUGCUUGAAAAAGCUAGGUGCAUGGAUGAAAUAGUACACGAUAACGGAAAUUGUAGUGGAGACAAAGUAGAU